AUGAUAGCCAAUUCAAUUAGAAGGUCGAUCUUGCCACAUGAGUUUUCAGCCCCAUCUCAAGCUCACUCUGCUGCUAGGUCAUGGAUCAAUAAUCCCCCGACAUUCAUUCCUCAGACUCGGUGGCAAAAAGCUGCAUUUGGCUUCUCCAUCGCCGCGUUCCUGACCUUCAUCGUCAACGUUGUCUUCGUUCUCUGGGCAACAGCGACUAGACGAGACACAUUGGAGAACGGUAUUGGCAUCAUUUCUGAGCAGGGCUGCGCAUACACAAAGAAAUUCAAUACCGGCAUUCAUGUGGUCAUCAAUAUUAUGAGUACGAUCCUUCUGGCUGGCAGCAACUAUUGCAUGCAAUGCCUCAUUGCCCCGACUCGUUCCGAUAUAGAUAAAGCACACGCAAAGGAGAAGUGGCUGGAUAUCGGCGUCCCGAGUAUGCGAAAUCUGUGGAGUAUCUCGAGAAAGAGGCGGCUACUAUGGCUUUCAUUAUCCGCAUCAUCGUUCCCAUUGCAUUUACUGUAUGUAAUCCCACAUCGCCCUCCUUAG